AUGCCGCUGCUGACGCUUCCCCUGGUGCACAAGAAGAGCAGAAGAGCGAGUGCUGAACACCACGCAGGUUCUAGCGCUGCAUCUAGUCCGCUAUCGCUCGUUAGACUACGUCGGCUCACUUCGAGCGCCUCAUUGCUUCAGGUACCCAGUCAGCGCGAGACAUCUCACAGCACAUCUGUCCAGCUUGCUCGCCAACGGCACACUAGCCUCAACGUCCUUGUAGACGCGAGACCUCCAGUCGAUCAUUCUGCUCGCACCCAAGCCAUCGUCAACGACGAUCAGGCCAAAUACAUUAUGGCAACGCCUACCUCAUCCGCGUCCGCCUCAUCCACCGAGCUCCCGACCCGCAUGAGCACCUCUGCUGUCGCUACACCGAGCGGUAUGGCUGCUGGUCCGCUGGCUAUGCAGCGUACGCGGUCUCACUCCGGUGCGCCCGCGCCACCUGCCUCACCUCCCAUCCCGCCUGGAUCUCCCAACUCUCAAGGCAGAUUCAAUCUGAGCCUGGGUACGCUCAUGUCUCGUCGGUCGAGAGGGAGCGCCGUUCCACCGCUUUCACCCGGCUCGGUCCUGCCGCGAAUGGCGACAAGGGAUGAGGGUGUCGUCUCACAAGAUUGGCUGCCCGGCAGUCCUUCACAGUCGGGCGGCGAUAGUCCAGGCACGAGCGCGCGAUCCGGCUACGGUUUUCCGACACUGCGCAGACGCAACAGUCGCAGGCAGCAGACGAGCAGUCAGGGUUCCGCAGUAGGCUCGAAUCCACCGGGCCGACCUAGCUCGCCUUUUACAGCCGGUAGUGUUCCUUCAGCCAGCCCGCUUCAGAACUUUGCUUCCCGGUCCAGAUCGAGUAGUCAGCCGCCUGCUCCUGCUCCUGGUCUCGUCUCCGCCCUGAAUGAGUCGACGAGCUCUGUGCGUGCCAGCGCACCAACAGGUGGGCUCAGAACUGUCAUCAGUACGCUCACGCGCCCGACGCCGGCUCGUAGCCCGUCUUCCAACCUCCUCGCGUCUGGAGUGACGGGUGAGGACAUGCUGAUGGGUACAUCCGAACUCGAUCGACCAGCCCUAUUGGCGCCUGCAAAUUCUGUCUCGGAUGCGGUCGAGCCUGCUGCAUCGACGCGGUAUUACAUCCGAUUAGUACCCAAUAUUGACUCGACACGCUCCUUGCAGUUUGAACCCAUCACUCGUCAAGUUUCGCCUGCGCUUCCUGUCAAAAUUGGUCGAUUCACCGAUCGGGGGACAAACGAUGCCAGCUAUAAUCCAAAUUUGGAUGUCCAUUCCCGCAAGAUCGCAUUCAGAAGUAAAGUCGUCUCGCGCGGUCAUGCCGAGAUAUGGUGCGAUGGCACCGGUGCCUUCUGCAUCAGAGACACAAAGUCGUCUUCUGGCACAUUCCUCAACCAUAUCAGGCUUUCAGGACCUGGGCUUGAGAGCCGGGCCUAUCCACUUCGCGACGGCGACAUGUUACAGCUCGGCGUCGACUACCAAGGUGGCACCGAGGAGAUCUACCGAUGCGUCAAGAUGCGUGUCGAGCUCAAUCGUGGCUGGCAAAGAGGCGCCAACGCUUACAACGUCAACGCGCUGAAGCAGUUGCGUGCCCUGCAAGCUCCAGCGGAAACGCAUGCCGUUGCUACAGGCACGACCAGUGCCGCUGCUGUUUCGAACGUCAAGUCAAGCGGCGUGACUGAUUGUUGCAUAUGUCUAUAUUCGGUUACGGUGUGUCAGGCGCUGUUUAUCGCGCCUUGCUCCCACUGUUUUCACUUCAAGUGCAUCCGACCGCUUCUCGUGCAACAUCACCCAGCAUUUUCAUGUCCGAUCUGUCGCACAUUUGCAGAUCUCGAUGCGGACGUAGAGGUGGACGACGAUAUACUGGGCAUGAUGGACGUCGACGGGGUGGUCGCUACACCUUCGCAAGAGCGCGAAACUGAGAUUCUCGCCAUGCCCAGCAUGCCUCUUGAACGGCCACCGCCCCUCGAUAUGUCUCGGUCAGCUGGCGCGGCUCCGUCGCCUGUCGACGUCUUUGUUGCCGAUGCAGAUCAUGCGGCGGUACCCAUCUCGGGUCCAGACGGUUCAGCCAGCUCUGUCAUGAUUGUUGGGCGCACCUCACGGCCAGGCUCGAUCCGCGAAGCCCAGGCGCCCGGCUUACAGAUGACGACAAGCUCGCCUCAAUACUCGCCGGAUGGCCAGACUCGGCGGCCUAUCGCUCCUUUGCGGUCCUCCAGCAGACCAGAGCACAGUGUCUCAUCUUCCGGGCCAAGGACGCCCGAGUCGCUAUAUGAGAAUGCGAUCACACACAGCGUACCGCCAUCACCGCCGGCAGGAGAAGAUGCCGGCGACGCAAUGACGGACGUCAAGACGGAAGAAUCAGCUCAGCCUCCUGCUGGCGUACUAGGCGCACUGAUCAGUGCUGUCACUGGCUUUACGGGUAAUAUAGAAGCUAGCUCUUCGACCAGCGACUCGAGCAUGUCAUCGCAAGACGCUCUAGCACCCAAAGACGCUGCAAGUUCUUCGCAAGGUCGCGUUGCUGUUUCUCUCAUGUCGGCGACCGUUGCAGAGUUCUCAGAGGUGCUCAAUGCUGAGCAGUAUGUAGAUCUGGCAAAGCUGAGGAGCUACGCUCGACACGGCGUGCCUCUCGAGAUCAGGGGCGAGGUCUGGCUGUAUCUGCUUGGCGUGUUUGACGCCGACCGGACAAAUGAUGUGACUUCCAUCAGAGCUAAGCUUGCGCAGUAUGCCGCCAUGGACAAGGACCUUAGCGAUCACGCCUUGGUACGAAGGAUACGGGCAGAAGCGACCCGAUACUAUCAUCGCAGAUUCCACACUCGCGAUAAGCUCGGCAGGCAGUCGAGCACGCACGCUCGCACUACUCCGGUGCUCCCUCGCAUCGCUCCGCCGCAAAGUGUCCCUGUGCCCGCACUGGAGCCGCAGGGUGACCAGAUCGACUUUGAGACGUUUGUCCAAGUCAGCGAGCACGUAGUGGCUACGUUCCUCAAUCGCAGUGUUCAUGCGGGCUACUAUCCUGGACUGGUCAGUAUAGCCGGCUGCCUGAUCCAGACACUCAAGACCGAAGCGGGCGUCUACUAUGCGUUUGAAAAAGUGGCGAACAUGCUCGACGGAUUGUUCGAGGUGCUCGCGAUGCCUUAUCGCGUCUCUCAUUUCGUGAUGCUACUGCGCACUUUUCUGCCAGAGCUAUACAGCACCUUCGAAGAGGAAGAAGUCGACGUCAACGAGAUUGCAACUCUGUGGUUCUCGAACUUGCUGUCCAAAGAGCUGCAGGAUACCGACGAUCUCAUGAGACUGUGGGACGCCUAUUUUUCGCUCGAUCCUUCCAAUGGCGACCUGCUCGACUUUCAUGCUUUCGUCUGCCUAGCGAUCCUGUCGACGCGAAAGGAAGAUCUCGAGGAGCUUGAUCAGUCAGAAGCACGCAGCUUGCUUCUGAGCCUGCCUUCACUCGAUGUCGAGCGCAUACUGGCAGAGGCAAGCAGCAUGCGAUUGACGUUUGUCUCUCUUUCUCGGACGGAUCGACAGGACGAAGAUACAGCGGUGCCGUACUACUGA